CACACACACACACACACACACACACUCCUUUCUCUUUUCAAAAGCCCCUUGUGAGCAGAUUGACAGGCUAGAAUGAAAAUGAGGCGGACGCUCGCUCACGGCUUCAGUGCGUACGCGCCCGCCUGAGCAGACGCCUCCACUUGGAUCAUAUCACCAUGGGACCUGUUCGGGCUGCGAGGGACUCCUGUCUGUUUCUGCUCUUGGUACACAGCCUCCACAGCGCUGCGCUAACAGAGAUUCGAGAUCCAUGUGCAGAGGGAAGUGAUGGCUGUCACAUUGAUGCUAUUUGUCAGACCACUCAAGGCUCCUACAAGUGCACGUGUAAAGCAGGAUUCAGAGGAGAUGGAAAACACUGUGAAGACACCGAUGAGUGCGACCUGGAGUACAAUGGUGGCUGUGUACACGAGUGCACCAACAUCCCAGGAAAUUAUCGUUGCACUUGCUACGACGGAUUCAAUUUGGCACAUGAUGGACACAACUGCCUAGAUGUGGAUGAGUGCAAGUUCAACAACGGUGGCUGCCAGCACACUUGUGUCAACACCAUGGGCAGCUACGAGUGUCGCUGCAAGGACGGCUUCUUCCUCAGCGACAACCAGCACACAUGCAUCCACCGCUCUGUGGAGGGCCUCAACUGUAUGAAUAAGGAGCACGGCUGUGCCCAUAUCUGCAAAGAGACGCCCAAAGGAGGCGUGGCCUGUGAGUGUCGCCCAGGGUUCGAGCUGGCGAGGAAUCAGAAGGGCUGCACCUUGACUUGUAACCAUGGCAAUGGAGGUUGCCAGCACACCUGCGAGGACACAGAGAACGGCCCCAUAUGCAAGUGUCACAUCAGGUACACCCUGCAGCCCGACAAGAGGUCAUGUGUAGAGCGUGAUGAAGCCACCACCGAGCCCUCGGACCAUAACGCCACGUCCUUCGCUGAGGUGGACAAACGGGUCAAACGUAGACUGCUGAUGGAAACCUGCGCCGUGAACAAUGGGGGGUGUGACUGCACCUGUAAAGACACAUCCACCGGCGUGCGCUGCAGCUGCCCCGUCGGCUUCACCCUGCAGCCGGAUGGAAAAACAUGCAAAGAUAUUGACGAGUGCGAACUUCACAACGGCGGCUGCGAUCACUUCUGCAGGAACACCAUCGGCAGCUUCGAGUGCAACUGCAGGAAAGGCUUCAAGCUGCUCACAGAUGAGCGUUCCUGUCAAGAUAUAGAUGAGUGUUUUUUUGAGCGGACAUGUGAUCACACGUGUGUGAACUCCCCCGGUGGUUUUCAGUGUCUGUGCAACAAAGGCUUCACCAUGUAUGGACUGGCCCACUGCGGAGAUAUAAAUGAAUGCAGUGUGAACAAUGGCGGUUGCGAGCAGGGUUGUGAGAACACCAUGGGUGGAUUUGAAUGCUUUUGCCAUCCUGGCUAUAAGCUGCACUGGAACAAAAAGGACUGCAUUGAGGCUGAGGGUUUACCACCUGCCAAACCCCCCUCUAAACCCACCUUGAACUGUAGUAAGCAGGAGGGGGGGGACCGCUGCUUCCUGACCUGCCAGUCCCAAGUUCACAUCAGCAGUGGGACGGAGGAUUCCUACACGGUGACCUGUGGAAUGCCUUUGCCCUGCUUGGCUGACGCACAAAAGAACAACAGUGGCUUGUAUUGCUUGGGUCCAGAAGUGGCCGGAGUUCCACGCAUUAAGACCACAGCCACUUUUAAGUCAGGCACGGGGAAGUGCAACUUAAAACGAAGCCAGGAGAAACUAAAGGAGAGCUUAAACGCUGCACAUUCAGAUAGCAGGUUCCUCUUCACUGAAAAUGUCCAGUUCAGCUACGUGAGCCUGCGCUGCACCUCGUCUGGGCUGCGGACA